AUAAAAUAACCCCACACUCGUACUUCCUGGUUUUUUCUAGGUAUUCCUUUUUCCAAAAAAUGAUUUUGAUCAUAAUACAUUUGACAACCUUUUUUAUGGACCCUCUUUAUAACAGUUAUAGGUAGAUAUAAGUUCAUAUUGUGGGAGGCUCCUAGAAAGAAUAAUCAUACCGUGACCAGGAACCGGGUCCAUAGGACAUUCUAUCUACAUGUUCUAGGAGGCACCAAGAUAUGGUAAUUUCAUUGAAAAUCGAGCAUUUUGACUGGAAACCCAUCACAAACUGGGAAAGAAGGUGGCUCUAAUCAGUUCAGCUUCCAUUCGUAGGCCUACAAGUCCCUACCGCGGUAAAUAACUGGGAAAACAACAGAAAUGAGAUUUAAUUCCUGACACAAGCUGCAUGGGAACACAUUUCCUGUUUGGGCUGUUGUGUGGAUCGAAAAAUCAUGAACAGGAAGAAGGUGAACAGCCUUGGUGUUUUGCUGGGGUCUCUCUGACAUUUUAAAGGGAACUUUAUUACACUGAAUAAUGUAGGAAGUGCAUAUGUCAGGAAUUCAGUUAGACGAUAAAGUGAAAAGAUGUAAAAGUAUGAUGAAAUCUACAUGUAAACAUAUAUGUGAAGGGGUGUUUGGCUGGUAAGCAAUUGAAAAGACAUUUCCUCUAAAGAGAGCUCAAUGGUUGUGGCCAUUUUUAGACUGUAUGGAUCUCCAUUAGAAAGAGAGCUCUAUAUAAAAACAUAGGAAAAUACCCAAAUUUCAAAAGAAGUCUUCAAGGACGAAAGAUGAAACUGAAACUUAAUGGAAUAAUUCUGAUAAAGGCGAUCUUCAUCACCACUUUGCAAGCUUACACUCCAAUCCGUCGCUAUCAUGUUGUUGAAGGGGAGAGUGGACGAUAUUUGGGGCGUACUAAUGCUGGGAGUCCAUAUAUUUGUCAUUAUUAUGAACGUGGACAACCAAACACCGACUUGUCUAAUCAGUGCUACGUUCAAAACAUAAAAUAUUCUGAAGAUGAACCAGGAAAAAUGCCAUACAUGUAUCGGGGUCAGAGCUAUCCAGCAUGUCCUCCUCUCCCUAAAAUUAACAAUGGCUACUGGAAGUGUCCACGUGGUGUCUUUUCAAACUCUGUGGAGGUGUAUGCCUCUUGUGCCGCUCAGUGUUUCCAUGGAUUCACCAGUAAUUCUACGAAAGAAGUUGUUGUUCGGUGUCCAGAAUCUUUACAGUGGGAAAACUUUGCUGAUUUUCAAUGCAUCAUCAAUAAUGUAGAUAUUUGUCAGCUCUGGAAUUUGAGCUUCAUUAGUAUCAUUACCAGUAAACCCUUCCAAGUCAUCAUUUCAUGGAAUGUGACAACAGCCUGCCAGGAACACAACUUUACAUUUGAAAUGAUUGGCCCCAAACAAAACCUCACAAAAAGACUACAGAAAAACACCACCUUCUUGGUUAUAAAAGAUGUUGAUCUGGACACGACUUAUGAAGUUUUCCUUUAUGAUCAGGGGAAGGAGCUUGCUUCAGGAAAGUUUAGAUCUGCUGCAAGAGUUUCUCCAGCGAAAGAUCAUCAUGCUCACCAAGUGAACCCCACUUCUGUGAACAUAACAUGGGAAGCCCCUGUGAACGACUCUUCUGUCAUUGGUUAUAUGGUAAACAUCACAGACGGGGACAACUGGUUCACCCUGAACACAUCAGAUACCAGUAUAGUGGUGUCCAGGUUAGAGACCGGAAAGAAUUACGCCAUUACUGUAGCCGCAUUUAACCAUUAUAGUAGAAGUCUGCUGAGUGAACCUGUUUAUAUAGAACUUCCAGUUGCCCCAACAAAAAUUGUUCAUGUUCACCAAGUGAACACCACCGCAAUGCACAUAACAUGGGAAGCUCCUGUGAACAACUCUUCUGUCAUUGGUUUUAUGGUGAACAUCACACACGGGGACAACUGGUUCACCCUGAACACAUCAGAUACCAGUCUAGUGGUGUCCAGGUUAGAGACCGGGAAGAAUUACGCCAUCACUGUAUCCGCAUUUAACCAGAAUAGCAUUAGUCUACAGAGUGAACCUGUUCAUAUAGAAUUGCAAGAGAAAAGGGAUGGAGUUAAAAACAACAAUGAUGUGGCACCUAUAGCUACAACAACAUUUUCAAUUUAUGGGCUGAUAAUUGCGCUGGCUGCAGCUGUUAUGGUUGCUCUAUGUUUUGGAAUGGUUCGUCUUUUCAAAAAAGGAUGGCGUCCUAUAAGAACAAGUCAACAUGGAAGUAUCAACGGAGUUUCACAAAAUGACCAAAAUUUAAUAGAAAUGAAUACACUGCACAAUGAAGAAUGCAGUCAGAGGGUUCUUGUGGAGAAUAAUGGAGCAGAUGAUCGAGUUAAUAAUUGUCAAGAAGGAUCUACUUGUUCAAGCCCCCUUCUGGCACAACAGCCUCACAAUCUAUCAAACUCAACAUCUCCCAUACUUAAUGUGAAAUCAUUCGAGUAUACUUGUAACAGUUUGGAGUUAGCUGAAGCAGAACAUCUAGAUCCCGAGUCUAUCUCUCUACGUGAAGAAGAAUCGGGCUUGCCUUUGAGGUCAAGUUUUGGGAAAUCAGGUGAUGAUUUGCUAAAAGAAGUAGACAAAAAUGCCCCAAAGAAGUGGUCAACAAGCGGUGUCUCAAAGAAAGGCCCAGGGUCAGAUUCUGGUCAAGGGUCAGAGACAGGAACGUGUUCCACUGUGUCUGACGGUGAUGAUUCUCCAAAUAGAUCUUCUCAAAGCAGUCGAAAUUCUUCCCAGGGUAGAGGAUCCAGACAAAUGAACUACAGUCACCAAGAUUCUGUUGACUCUGGAAGAGUAUCAGAGGGAGAAACUGGAAAAGAGUCGGAAAAAUCCAGUGGUGCUGAAAAGGUUAUUCCUGUUGGGGUGCUGGAAAGCUGUCUUACAGACAUCUCAGAAAAAAGUGUUGAACAAGACAGUUCUGUAGAGAUACCAGUAUCUGUAGAAAAUGAACCAGAUCCUGAAGAAUGUUCCUGCACCUUUUCAAACUUCAUUUCAACAGUAAAACUCGAGCAUGUUAUUGAUCUGGGGGAUUUGUUGGAUCCCCAUGAUCAUUACGGAGUCAAGAAAAGCUGGAAGAGUUUUGCAGAGGAUGUUCUGAAUUUUGAUUAUUCCAAAAUUGUUGCUAUGGAACACAGGACGAAAAUAACCUUUGAGAACGAAGUUUUACCGCAUUUAGUGGCAAAAGAGAAGAAGCUUGGUCACAUGGUUUUACAUUUUUCACAUCAUGAUCAUUUUCGCAAAGAUGUGCUGGAAUUGAUACAGAAAAUUCAUUCUGAAUGUUCGUUCUGUGAUAAAAUAUUUGCAAAUUCUCUUAAGGAUACCUUUAAAGAAUGAAUGGGACAAUUAUAAAAAAAAAGUCCUGAUUGUCUGUGAUACAUGUACCGUUGAUGAAAUGUACUGACAUUUCAAGGUGCCAAACAAAAGCUCUCUACUGCUGUAAUUCAUGAAGAGCAGUUCAGGUAAAUGUCCAUUUUUCCCCCAGAAAAUGGUAAUCCAAGAUCCAUACACCUGGCGUCACACAACGGUUCAAGUUCUUCAAGCAUGCAGCCAUUUGCCCAUCCUAUACAGUGUUGGAUGUAGGUCUUUGAGAUGUACACCACACACUUCAGGGCUGCUACUGAAGUGUCUCCUUGGAAUCCCAGUAACAAAAAGUGGCCAUUUCUCUCACAGAGGGGAAUAUGAAGACAAAGACUGCAUCAACAUCACGUCUGCUGGCUUGUCAAGAUACAGAGCUUACAAUUUUUGUUUUGUAAAGGAAGCUCAUCAAUUUUCCCACUAACCUUGUAUGAAAACUCUGAAUGCUAGUGUCAUGCAUGGAUACCAGUGCAUUGAGAUACAGAAGCGGGAGCUUAUAUAACAAUUUCUAAAGACAUCCAAAGAUAUCAGAUCUUCGUGCACUGAAGAUGUGUCCUAUUCUUUCCCAUGAAUAUCAAAUAUCUCUGCAUGCAAAUAUCUGUACCAGGGUAUGUGCUUCACUGUGAAUCGUUUAACACAAAUUUAGCAGCUGUUCUCAUGAAAAAAUAUACCAAAGAACCCUGCUUUUGUUGUUCAGUUGAACCAGUACAGACAGCACAAAACCAAUGUUAUUACGUUUAACAUGUGUAAAAUGUAUACAAGUGCUCCCAUCAAAUGGGGAAAAAAAUUGUGAUUAUAAAAUAACUGAAUAUUCCAUGGAAUCAUUGCCAAAAAAAGUUGAAAUGUGUAUGUCUGUGAUAAUGCAUGUUAUGGUGAUAAAUUAAUAAUUACUUUAUUUCAUAAAGACUGUCUUUAUGAAGUAUCCGGAAAUACAAUUUAUCCAAAUUGUUUUCAUUUUUACAUUAUUCCAAUGUAUGACUAAAUGUAUUCAUUUACAUGUUUAUUAAGUUACAAACUUUAUAUUUUCAUGUCAUUUGCGCGAUUGAAUUAUCUAUCAUCAUUUUCAAUAACAUGACAUGCCAUAUUGUUUUAUUUUUUUAAAUAAAAUUUGUGUUCCUCUUUUGGAGAGAAAAAAAAUAUCUUUUUAAUCAUCAAACUGAUUUAACUGCAAGAUUUACCUGCCCUUCAUUUACUUUAACAUCUUAUUUUGAAACAGAUUUAUUCACCAUACUUUCAUAGUUUAAUAAUCUAAAACAAGCUGCAAUAUUAAAGUGGCAGCUCUAGAGCAACUUAAGUGCUUCCAAAAAGUUUUGUAAACAUCAAUGUAAUGUACAUUUCCUGUUAUCCUGAGUGCCAUAUGUUGGAGGUGGGUUUUUUUCUUCUCAAACUCCCAAAUGUACUAGACAAGCAGCUACAUGUAGGUUCAAUUUGUAUCAUUUAUUUUUUAUAAUGAAGAAAAAAAAAGAAUUUUGAUAAAAUUUUUAUCAUUAUACUUUUAUAUCUGAAAUCUUUUUAUGAUAUUUUACUUCUAUAUAUAUGUUUACAUCGCAUAUAUAUUUUGAUUUGAAUUUGACUGGUUGUUGUUCAAGUAAAUGAAUGUUAAUUCAUUAAGAUUUACAAGCUCAUUCUCAUUUUUUGGAGACUGCAUGUAGAUGAACAAUUUUGACCGAACUUCAUGCAGCUCAUCAAUUGUUACACAUUUUCAUUUGAACUGUCAAGAUCUUUGUCUCUACUGUACCUUAUCUACUUAAAAGACGGCAGGUUUUGACUCUUUGGAUUAUAAGGAUAAACCCACCCCAUCUAGGUCUGUGCAUGAUUGUUUCCAAAACUUUUUUUAAAAAGUGCUGUCUCUGAAUUUUUUAAAAAUGUAUUUUUCCUAAAAAAAAAAAUUGUCAAUAAAUUUAUUUCGACAAAUAAAAAACAGUUUUGAAUUAAUAAGUCUUUUACUUUGUGUAACUGAACUUUGAUUACCACGUCGAAAAUUGUGUUACCUUGCUUUUAUUAAAAGUUCUUGGCUU